UGUUAAUUUCAGGAAGAAGCAUCUCUACCAACGCUGUAGCAAACAUUUCGACCCAUCUGUCUGUGGAAGUCAGAAACGAAAUUUCUAUGUAGCGUCCAGCCGCCCCGGACCAGCCAGCCAGUCUGUCCCGGUUUGAGACCCGAUGCUAACAUGGACUGGCCAGUGCGAAAACGGGCUCUACUGUGCUGCAUUUUAGCCUUGUUUUUCUACGCUGGUCCCCGAAAGGGAUUUUGCAGCGCCAGCACAGUUGCCCUUCCUGAAAGCCUGCUCUUUGUGUCCACCCUGGAUGGAAACCUGCAUGCCGUUAGCAAAAGGUCUGGCUCUAUCAAGUGGACUCUGAAAGAAGAUCCAGUUCUUCAGGUCCCGACACAUGUAGCAGAACCAGCGUUUCUGCCGGACCCCAACGACGGCAGCCUGUACUCUCUGGGUGGAAAGAACAACGAAGGCCUCACGAAACUACCUUUCACCAUCCCUGAGUUGGUCCAAGCCUCACCGUGUCGCAGCUCUGACGGAAUCCUCUACAUGGGUAAAAAGCAAGACUUGUGGUAUGUGGUGGAUUUGCUAACAGGUGAAAAACAGCAGACACUGACGUCGUCCUUCGCUGAAAUGCUCUGUCCGUCUUCAUCCCUUCUCUAUCUGGGACGAACGGAGUACACCAUCACCAUGUACGACACAAAGAACAGAGAGCUGCGCUGGAAUGCCACCUAUUCCGACUAUGCCUCCACUCUCCCUGAUGACGACUUGAAAUACAAAAUGGCUCAUUUUGUCUCCAACGGCGAUGGCCUCGUGGUGACCGUGGACAGUGAGACGGGAGACGUUCAGUGGGUGCAGAACUACAAUUCUCCAGUGGUGGCCAUGUACAUAUGGCAGCGGGAGGGUCUUCGCAAAGUUCCCCACACCAACGUGGCCGUGGAAACACUGCGGUACCUCACUUUCAUGUCCGGAGAGGUAGGACGAAUAACCCAGUGGAAAUAUCCGUUUCCAAAGGAGAAAAAACCCAAAAAUAAAUUUAUGGCCACUUUAUAUGUGGGCAAAUACUCCACUAGCCUGUAUGCAUCACCCUCUCUGGUGCAUGAUGGAGUCACAGUGGUGCCUCGUGGAAGCACCUUCCCCCUGCUGGAAGGCCCUAAUAGCCAAGAGACAGAGGAGGAUAAGGAGUGUGUCAUCACUCCCAGCACAAGUGUGAAAUUCAACGCUGGCCUCCGAGAGAGAAACCGGAUCAAUUUUAUGAGGAACUAUCUGCUUCUCAUAGGUCACCAUGAAACGCCCCCUGAGGCUCACACCAAGAUCCUGGAAACAUUCCCUGAAAACUUCCCUCGUAACCAAGGCAACGUCAUCCCACCUACUACGGAUAAGAAAGGAGAGGAGAAGGUCAAUGACAGUGGCAUGGACGAUAGGCAGCCUUCAACCUCCAUCCAGGAACCGGGGACCAGCAGCCGCACGGCGCGCUCAGAGGCCCCUGUGGACUCCAUGCUGAAAGACAUGGCCACCAUCAUCUUCUCCACUUUCCUUCUCGCCGGCUGGGUGGCUUUUGUUAUAAUCUACCCCAAGAGUGUGCAAAAGCAGCAGCAGCUGCAGCACCAGGAGUUCCAGAGACAGAUGGAGGAGCGGCUGGAGCUGCUCCAGCGGCAGCAGCCUUUCUCACCUGCAGAUGUGGGUUUGGCUCCCGACGCCGACUUCCUGGACGUGGUUCGCACUCGCUCUGACUGUUCAGACCACAGCAGCCCCAACGUCACCCCCCGUGCCUCCAACCACUCCAACUUAUCUGUGUCUGAGGUGGGCAGCUCAAUUUAUGAGCAUGAAGAUGGAGAGGAAGACUUCUCUACAGUCAGAGUCGGCAACAUUAUCUUCCACCCCAAACAAGUGCUGGGCCAUGGUGCCGAAGGAACUAUGGUUUACAAGGGGCAGUUUGACAACCGUCCAGUGGCGGUGAAAAGAAUUCUCCCAGAGUGCUUCAGCUUUGCAGACCGAGAGGUUCAGCUACUCAGAGAGUCUGAUGAGCAUCCAAAUGUUAUCCGUUACUUCUGCACCGAGCGGGACCGCCAGUUCCAGUACAUCGCCAUAGAGCUGUGUGCUGCCACGCUUCAGGAGUAUGUGGAGAAAAAGGAUUUCAACCGUCAUGAACUUGAGCCAGUCAUGCUCCUGCAGCAGACCAUGUCUGGAUUAGCCCAUCUGCACUCCCUCAAAAUAGUACACAGAGACCUGAAGCCCCACAACAUUCUGGUAUCCAUGCCGAACGCACACGGCCGAGUCCGCGCCAUGAUCUCCGACUUCGGCUUGUGUAAGAAGCUGGCGGUGGGACGUCACAGUUUCAGUCGAAGGUCUGGGGUUCCAGGGACCGAGGGCUGGAUUGCUCCAGAGGUCCUCAGUGAGGACUUCAAGGACAACCCGACCUAUGCGGUGGAUAUCUUCUCUGCCGGUUGUGUCUUCUACUACGUGGUUUCUCAGGGAAGUCACCCCUUUGGGAAGUCUCUCCAGAGGCAGGCAAAUAUAUUACUGGGAGGAUACAGUCUUGAUUAUCUGCAAAGUGACAAACACGGUGAAAUUGUUGCCAGAGAUCUCAUAGAACAGAUGUUGAGCAUGGAUCCCCAGAGAAGACCUUCAGCUGAAAGUGUUCUCAAACAUCCUUUCUUCUGGACUCUGGAGAAGGAGUUGCAGUUCUUCCAGGAUGUGAGUGACAGAAUAGAAAAGGAGCCGCUGGACGGACCAAUCGUGAGGCAGCUGGAGCGAGGAGGAAGGGCUGUUGUCAAAGGCGACUGGAGAGAGCACAUCACGGUGCCACUGCAGACAGAUUUGCGGAAGUUUCGCUCCUAUAAGGGCGGGUCAGUCAGAGACCUUCUGCGCGCAAUGAGAAACAAGAAACAUCAUUACCGAGAGUUGCCUGUCGAGGUACAGGAGACCCUGGGCUCCAUCCCCGACGACUUUGUCUCGUACUUCACGUCACGUUUUCCUCACCUCUUGAUGCACACUUAUCUCGCCAUGAGGACGUGUGCGCCUGAGAGGCCUUUCCUGCCUUAUUACCCGACUGCAGAGCAGCUGCAAAAAACACAGACCCAGGGUUUGCAAACACUCACUGAGCCAGGCCCCCCACCCCUGCCAGAUCACACACUACCUACGUUGCAAACACAGGAAUCGACUCCUUUGACACUGUGUGGGCAGUCGCUGCCCUCGUCCAGAGAGCAUCCGGUACCUUCAGACUUUCCCGUUCAUGCGGCUCACCCAGACGACCUGGAGCUGACUCCUCCCUGUGAAAAUGUCUCUCAGUUGCCUACGGUUCCUCUCAGGCCGGAGGUACUCACUACCCUGGACAACAACGCCAGUGCGGACUGAGCCAAAGCUAAAGUGGACCCAGAACUAAGGGAGCUUUGCCUAAAACAGUGGAGAACAUUCAGGGGUUUGCUGCUGUGAGGUCCAGGCCUGCAGUGCCUGGAGUCGCACACAAGCGCCGCAUACGAAACAAAAGUGCCUUCUGCUGGUCUGGAUUCAGGUUUGUCCGUCUCCGCUCAGACGUCUAACUGCCUACAAGGUGUUGGAGAUUUUCUUGUAGCUGGACUGCACAAAGAAAUUGCUUUUUAAUUCUUAUUUUAUUUUAUUACACAGUGCAAAAAAAGUGUCCAAAAGCUCUCUGCUCAUUGUUGUGGGAAAUGUCUGCAGAUGUUGAACUAUUGGGUAGUUUUCUUGUGCAAUGUUGUUUCUUCAGUAAGGGUAUUUGCUGAAGAUGCUGUAUGUAUAGAUUUGUACAGAAAAUUUUAAAGUUUGGGUCAUAAAUUGCUUAAUGUGACCUGCGUGCCUUUUUAUAUAUAUAUACAUAUAAAAGAACAUUUUAUUAUAAAUAUAAACCCAUCACUGUGCUGCAUGGGUCUUGCGCAUUAAACAGACUACGGUAUGCUUCAUGUGCUUGAUUUCACUAAAUGCUGCUAGAAUCUGAUCUGUGUUGCUGACUCAGACUGUUCCAAAGUAUCUGAAUCCAGGAAAUGAUUUAAUCCUCAUCAUGAUGUUGAGAAUGAUUUAAAAAGUGAAGCCAGAAAAUGGUAACGUAUGACUUCUUGUUAGUGUCAGUGAUGUUGAUGACUUGCACAUAUUAAAUUCUUUAUUGUUUUCUACUCGUAUUUUUCUUGCUGGUUCAUCUUGUGUCUUACAGGGUUGCUACAAGAUUUUAGAAAUUUGUUUUUAAACUUUACAUUUGUUUUUCAAAUAUGCCACAUUUUUCAUAGAUUAUGUCUACGCCUAUAUUUGUUCUUUUGAUUAUUCUUUUAUUUUAUUUGAUGUAGGUUUUGAAUUUAAAUUAUGGUGGUUUUAGAAGGGUUUUGAAUUUAUUUGGCAGAAAUAUUGAUGUGCUUUGGAGAUAAAAAGAGAAUUCAACAACCAGAGCCUGAAGCAAACUGAAAUAUGUUUAUGUAUUGUGGACUAAAAAGAAGGGUGUACGAAUGGAAGAGCAGGUUCUUUGUUUUUAACUUCAUAUGAAGUUGGGAUCUAAACCACACUAAGUUUUGCACUGUUUGGAUUCAGAUUUGUAAGAGCAAGUUAGAGUUGUUGCCCUUUUUUUUUUUCCUCUGUUUCUGUCUGGUACCAAAUUGGAUAAAUUGGUCCUCCCUGUUUAAUGGUGGCAAAUGUGUCUCAAGAUUGCACAAAACACCAAAAUAUUUUAAUAAACUUUUUUGUUUUUCA